AUGAUUGAAAUUAAUGAAUAUAUUAAAAAAUUAGGAGGUGAUAAAAAUAUAGAAAAGAUAUUAAUUGCAAAUAAUGGUAUAGCAGCGGUAAAAGCAAUUAGAUCAGUUAGAAAAUGGGCAUAUACAAACUUUGGUAAUGAAAGAGCAAUUAAAUUUGUUGUGAUGGCAACACCAGAGGAUAUGAAGGCAAACGCUGAAUAUAUUAGAAUGGCAGACCAAAUAUUACAGGUACCAGGUGGAUCGAAUAAUAACAACUAUGCAAAUGUGGAUAUUAUUGUAGAUUUUGCAGAACGAGCUGGUGUACAAGCUGUUUGGGCCGGUUGGGGACACGCAUCAGAGAAUCCACGUUUACCAGACCUUUUAUCAAAAACAGAGACAGGUAUAGUUUUCAUUGGGCCACCCGCCAAGGCUAUGGCAGAUUUAGGUGAUAAAAUUGCAUCGACAAUCGUUGCACAAAGUGCACGUGUCGCAUGUGUACCAUGGAGUGGUAGUGGAUUAAAAGUGGACUAUAGCGAAUGUAAUGGCGUACCAUCGGAAAUCUAUGGUCGUGCAUGUAUCAAUUCAGUUGAGGAGGCACGUGAAUGUGCUCAACGUGUUGGUUUCCCAGCAAUGAUUAAAGCAAGUGAAGGUGGUGGUGGUAAAGGUAUUAGAAAGGUGACCUCAAUGGAGGAUCUCGAGUCAUCGUUUAGACAGGUUCAAAAUGAAGUACCAGGUUCACCGAUUUUCUUUAUGAAGUUAGUAUCGAAUGCCCGUCAUUUAGAGGUUCAAAUCGUUGCCGAUCGUCAUGGUGAAGCCAUCUCAUUGAAUGGUCGUGAUUGUUCAGUACAACGUCGUCAUCAAAAGAUCAUUGAAGAGGGUCCAGCAAUUGCACCAACCCCACAAGUUUGGGAAGAGAUGGAACGUGCCGCCGUACGUUUAGUCAAAGAGGUUGGUUAUGUUGGUGCUGGUACAGUAGAGUAUUUAUUUGCAGAGGGAGAAUAUUACUUUUUGGAAUUGAAUCCACGUCUUCAAGUUGAACAUCCAGUGACUGAACAAAUCACUGGUGUAAAUUUACCAGCAACUCAAUUACAAAUUGCAAUGGGUAUACCAUUACAUAGAAUACCGGAUAUUAGAAAAUUGUAUGGUCGUACUGGUGAUGAUCUCUAUGGGGAUUCAAUGAUUGAUUUACACGAUUUCACUAAACGUAAUCCACCAGCUGGUCAUUGUAUUGCAGUUAGAAUCACAGGUGAAAAUCCUGAUGAGGGUUUUAAACCAACGUCUGGUCAAAUCCAUGAACUCACCUUUAGAAGUACACCAAAUAUUUGGGGUUAUUUCAGUGUUGGUGCUAAAGGUGGUCUUCACGAGUAUGCAGAUUCACAAUUUGGUCAUAUCUUUGCCAAUGGUGCAACAAGAGAAGAAGCUAGAAAAACCAUUAUUUUGGGUCUAAAAGAGAUUUCAAUUCGUGGUGAUAUUAGAACCCCAGUGGAAUAUAUCAUUCAUUUAUUGGAGAGUAAAGAUUUCAAAGAGAACCAUAUUCAUACCGGUUGGUUAGAUCAAUUGAUUAGUGAAAAGAUUCAAACUAAAAAACCAGAAACAAUGAUCGUUGUAUUAUGUGGUGCAAUCUAUAAAGCUUCAACCAUUUUCUCAACAAAGAUUCAAGAAUUCUCAAAUCAAUUAUCAAAUGGUCAAUUACCAAGUUUGGAGUUAUUAAAUAAUUCGCUACCAAUUGAAUUGAUCUAUAAUAAUGUUAAAUAUCAAUUUGAAGUCUCAAGAACUGGUAUAAACAAUUAUUCAGUUUGUUUAAAGAAUGAUAAAAGUGCAGUCUCAAUCGAUUCAAGUGUUAUAAUGUUAUCCGAUAGUGGUUUAUUAAUUCUAUUGAAUGGUUCAACACAUGUUUGUUAUGGUAGAGAGGAUGUAAUUGGGUUAUCAUUAAUGAUUGACUCUAAAACUUGUGUUUUCUCUCAAGAAUAUGAUCCAAGUAUACUUAGAACCUCAUCACCUGGUAAAUUAGUACGUUAUUUGGUUGAUGAUGGUUCAUUAGUUGUAAAAGGUACUCCAUUUGCAGAGAUUGAAGUUAUGAAAAUGUAUAUGCCAUUGUUAGUACCAGAGAAAGGUAUCAUUAAAUUCGUACUCACUGAAGGUUCAGUAAUGGCACCUGGUGCAAUCAUUGCUAACUUGGAAUUAUCAGACCAAUCAUCAAUUCAAAAAUCAACCGUUUUCACUGGUUCCCUUACAAAAAUGUCACCACCAACUCUAAUUGGUAAUAAACCACAUCAACUCUUAAAUUAUACUCUUGGUAAAAUUUCAAAUGUUUUAUGUGGUUAUGAAUCAAAUGAUUUAAAUCAACUUUUAAAUGAUACAAUUAAACAAUUAUCAAAUCAAAAAUUACCAUUAUUUGAAUUUAAAGAACAAUUAUCAAUUGUUCAGUCAAGAAUACCACAAUCAUUAUUUAAAUUAAUUAAUGAUGAAUUAAAUAAAUUUGAAUUUAAUAAUGACGACGACGAUGAAGAUGAUAGUGAAUUAUUUAAUUCAAAAAAUUUACAAUUAUCAAUUUCAUUAUAUUUAAAUAAAUUAUUAUUAGAGAAUGAACAAUUAUCAAUUGCAAUUCAAUUAUUAAUUAAACCAAUCAUUUUAUUAGCAGAGAAAUAUAAUGAUGGUGUUUCAUUCGCUGCGAUUAAUAUCUUUAAAAAUUAUUUAGAAGAAUUCAUUCAAAUUGAAACUAAUUUACAAAAUAAAAAUAUUCAAACAGUUUUAAAAUCAAUUAGACCUACCUAUAAAGAUAAUAUUUCAAAGGUUGUUGAUAUCGCUCAAUCAUUACAUCCACAAUCUAAAAAAUAUAAAUUCAUUUUAUUAUUACUAAAUAAAAUUCAAGAACAAGGUUUAGUUUGUGAUUUCGUUGAACAAUUUAAAAAAUUAUCAUCACUUGGUGGUAAUUGUAUGGAAAUCUCUUUAAAAGCUAAACAUAUCAUGGUUCAUUCUCAAUUACCUUCAAAUAAACAAAGAUCAAAUGAUUUAAUUAAUUCAUUAAAAUCAAUUUUAAAUGUAAACAAUGAACAACAACAACAAGUUGAUGAAAAAGUUCAAGAUAAUAAGGAUGAAAAAAUUUCAAAAUUAUCAAAACAAACAAAUGAAAUUAGUGAUAUUUUAAUACCAAUGUUUUUCAAUGAAUCAAAUAAUGAUGAUGAUAUUCGUAAAUUAGCAAUGGAAGUUUAUGUACGUCAUAGUUAUCGUUCCUAUUAUGUUGAAGAUACUAAAGUUACACUAUCAAAUGAUGAAGGAUCAAGUGGAUUUUCAUUCAUUGAAUGGCAUUUCUAUAUUAAUUUACCACAACAAUCAAAUCUUGGUGGUAGUAAUAGUGGCUCACCAACUUAUGGUUCACCAUUAAUAAGAUCUAUUAGUAGUAGUGGUGGUAGUAGUGGUGGUAGUGGUUUCCAAAUUUCACCAAGACCAUCAAUGUCAAUUUUUAAUGGUUUAUCAAUGUUAAGAACUGAUUCAACUGACUCAUUAACUGCAAUGGAAGAUCAAACAAAACUUCGUUAUGGUAUGAUGGUAUUCUUUGAAAAUGAAAAGAAAUUUGAAGAGAAAUUACCAUUGAUUUUAACACGCUACAAUGAAGAGAAUAAUAAGAAAUCUCAAUUAUCCCUCUCACCAAAUGAAAGUACAGAUAUUCUUAGUGUUAUCAUUUCAAUCUAUCCAGAAUCAAUCUCACAAGAGAAUCAAGCUAUCUCUUCAUUCCAAUCAAUAUUAAAGGGUUAUAUUAAAGAGUUGUCAAUUGCACGUAUUCGUCGUAUAACAUUUAUUUGUUGUGGUGGUGAUGAAGGUAAACCAUUGAAAUAUUUCACUUUUAGAGAACGUCAUAUGUAUAUGGAGGAUCCAAUCUUUAGACAUAUUGAACCAGCUAUGGCCUAUCAUUUAGAGGUUAGAAAAUUAUCAAAUUUCGAUAUAACUCACGUUCCAACCACUAGUCAAAGAAUUCAUCUCUACUAUGCUCAAGAGAAAGGUAAGAAAGAAACUGAUCCGGAUGCUGAUCGUAGUUUCUUUGUACGUUCAGUUAUUCGUUAUUCAGAUCUAUAUGGUCAUUCCAAUGAGAUUAAAGUUGAUAUUUUAUUAUCACAAAUUGAAACUCUACUCUCAGAGUCAAUUGAAUCAUUAGAGAUUGCAAUGUCAAAUAAAAAGUAUGAAAAAGCACAAAAUCAUUCAAUAUUUUUAAAUGUAAUGCCAGAGGUAAUGUUUGAUGAGAAAAUGAUUGGUUAUGUAGUUCAAGAGAUUGGUGAUCGUUUAGGUAAAAGACUUUGGAAACUUAGAGUUGGUCGUGUAGAGGUUAGAGGUCGUAUUAGAAAAGGUGAUGGUUUAAUUCCAGUUCGUUUCUUUGUACAAAACCCAACUGGUUAUGCUUUCCAAGUUCAAUGCUAUUAUGAACAACAAAAUUCAAUUGGUCAAAUGGUUUUCGCAGUUGUACCUGGUAGUUCAAAAGGUAGUUGGGAAGGUUUACCAGUUGAUACACCUUACCCAAUUAUGGAUGCUGUUCAAAGAAAUAGAUUUAAAGCUCAACGUUUAGAUACAACCUAUUGUUAUGAUUAUCCUGAUCUCUUUAGAGAGGCAAUGCAAAACAUUUGGAUGGAAUUUAUGGAAUCAAAUAAAACAAAUCCUGUCAAGGUUUAUCCAUCAUCUCGUGGUGUUUUAGAAAGUGUUGAAUUGAUUCUACCAUCUACUAUCAAUACUGAUUUCCCACCAUCAAUUCCAUUGGAUCAAUUACCAGAAGAGAGUAAACCAAAACUUGAAGAAACCUAUCGUCCAAUUGGUUACAAUGAUAUUGGUAUGGUAGCUUGGAGAAUGACUUUCUAUACUCCUGAAUAUCCAUUAGGUAGACAGGCCAUAGUGAUUGCUAAUGAUAUCACUCACCAAAUUGGUUCAUUCGGUCCACAAGAAGAUAUGUUAUUUAAAUUGGCUUCGGAAUUGGCAAGAAAAGAAAAAAUACCAAGAAUUUAUUUAUCUUCAAAUUCUGGUGCUAGAAUUGGUUUAGCCGAUGAAAUUAAGAGUAAAUUUAAAGUAACUUGGAACGUUCCAUCCGAUCCAACCAAAGGUAUUAAAAACCUUUAUUUAACCAAUAACGAUUAUCAAGCAUUAAAAGAUAGUGUCAUUGCUUAUCAAGAUACUACCGAUAAAGACAAAUGGAUCAUUCAUGAUAUCAUUGGUCAAAAAAAUGGUAUUGGUGUUGAAAAUUUAAGUUGGUCAGGUUUAAUCGCUGGUGAAACCUCACAAGCUUACAAUGAAAUCUUUACAAUUACACUCGUAUCAGGUCGUUCAGUUGGUAUUGGUGCAUACCUAGUUAGAUUGGGUCAAAGAACCAUUCAAAAUGAUGCUCCAAUCAUUUUAACUGGUGCUUCAGCUUUGAAUAAAGUUUUGGGUAAAGAAGUCUAUGAAUCCAAUCAACAAUUGGGUGGUUCACAAAUUAUGUAUCCAAAUGGUGUUUCUCAUAUCAUUGUCAAUGAUGAACUUCGUGGUAUUACAAAUGUACUUCAAUGGUUAUCAUUUGUACCAAAGAGUGGUGGUGAAAUGGUACCAAUUAUUUCACCAAUCGAUUCACCACACAGAGAUAUCGAAUUUGAUCCUUCCAAUUCAAUCAAUGGUAAAUGUGAUACUAGACAUUUGAUUGCAGGUUUACAAUCGGAACUCGAUCCAAACUAUUGGAUUUCUGGUAUGUUUGAUAAGGAUAGUUUCAUGGAAACAUUGGCUGGCUGGGCAAAUACUGUAAUCACUGGUCGUGCUAGGUUAGGUGGUAUUCCAGUUGGUAUCAUUGCAGUCGAGACAAAGAGUGUUGAAAAGAUCAUUCCUGCUGAUCCAGCAAAUCCACUCUCUUAUGAACAAGUUAAUACUCAAGCAGGCCAAGUUUGGUAUCCAGAUUCUUCAUUCAAGACCGCUCAAGCAAUCGCUGAUUUCAAUAAUGGUGAAGAGUUACCAUUGAUGAUCUUGGCCAAUUGGAGAGGUUUUAGUGGUGGUAUGAGAGAUAUGUUUGAUGAAAUCCUUAAAUUUGGUUCAAUGAUUGUCGAUAACCUUAGAAACUAUAAACAACCAGUUAUGGUCUAUAUUCCACCAUUUGCUGAAUUACGUGGUGGUGCUUGGGUAGUUUUAGAUUCAACAAUCAAUUUGGAUAUGAUGGAAAUGUAUUGUAGUGAAGAAGGUAGAGGUGGUGUAUUGGAACCAAAUGGUAUCGCUGAAAUUAAAUAUAGAGAUCCAGAACUCAUUAAAACUAUGCAUCGUUUAGAUCCAAAACUUAUUGAAUGGGAUAAAUCAAUUCCAAUUGGUGUUAGUGUCAAUGGUUUGGAUCAAUCUCAAAAGACCAUUAAAUCUCAAAUUCAACAAAGAGAAAAAGAACUCUUGGGUAUUUAUCAACAAAUUGCCAUUAAAUUUGCUGAUCUUCAUGAUACUCCAGGUAGAAUGAAAGCAAAGGGUGUUAUUAAACAAAUGGUACCAUGGAAAUCGGCUCGUUCCUUCUUCUAUGAUCGUAUAAAGAGAAGAUUAUUUGAAGAGGAUAAAUUAAAAUUAAUCGAUAAAUCUCAUCCAGGUUUAAAUCGUCAAUCAAAAUUGAAUCUAUUGGAAACUUGGAUUAAACAAAUCCUUGGUAACAAUCAAUCAGUUGAUUACCAUCAAAACGAUAAAUUAAUUUCUUCAACAAUCGAAUCAAAUUCUCAUAUAAUUAAUGAUAAGAUUAUUGAUCUUUCAAAACAAUAUGCUAUCAAUCAAAUUUUAAAUUUUGUUCAAUCAGAUUCAGAAUCAAUCGUUGAUGGUUUCCAAAAUCUUUUACCUUUUAUUUCAACUCAACAAAAAGAAUUUUUAUUUGAAUCUUUGAAAAAAGAUUUAAAUAAAUAA